CCGCCGCCGCCGGCGCCACCGCCCACUUGGGGCUGGCCAGAGGCAGGCAGCCGGGGUGCAGAGUAGGUAGGGCUGGACAAGCGCACGGCCAUGGCCCCGUGGCUGCAGCUCUGCUCCGUCUUCUUCACGGUCAACGCUUGCCUUAACGGCUCGCAGCUGGCCGUGGCCGCGGGCGGCUCCAGCAGAGCGCGGGGCGCCGACACCUGCGGCUGGAGGGGAGUGGGGCCGGCCAGCAGAAACAGUGGGCUGCACAACAUCACCUUCAGAUAUGACAACUGCACCACUUACUUGAAUCCAGUGGGGAAGCACGUGAUUGCUGAUGCCCAGAACAUCACCAUCAGUCAGUAUGCUUGCCAUGAGCAAGUGGCAGUCACCAUUCUUUGGUCCCCAGGGGCCCUUGGCAUCGAAUUCCUAAAAGGAUUUCGAGUAAUACUGGAGGAGCUGAAGUCAGAGGGAAGACGGUGCCAACAACUGAUUCUAAAGGACCCAAAGCAGCUCAACAGUAGCUUCAAAAGAACUGGAAUGGAAUCUCAACCUUUCCUGAAUAUGAAAUUUGAAACGGAUUACUUUGUGAAGAUCGUCCCUUUUCCUUCCAUUAAAAAUGAAAGCAAUUACCACCCUUUCUUCUUCAGAACCCGCGCCUGCGACCUACUGCUACAGCCGGACAACCUGGCCUGUAAACCCUUCUGGAAGCCUCGGAACCUGAACAUCACCCAGCACGGUUUGGACAUGCAGGUGUCCUUCGACCACGCACCACACACCUUUGGCUUCCGUUUCUUCUAUCUUCAUUAUAAGCUCAAGCAUGAAGGGCCCUUCAAGCGAAAGACCUGUAAACAGGAGCAAAAUACAGAGACAACCAGCUGCCUCCUUCAAAAUGUUUCUCCUGGGGAUUAUAUAAUUGAGCUGGUGGAUGACACUAAUACAACAAGAAAAGUGAUGCAUUAUGCCUUAAAGCCAGCACAUUCCCCGUGGGCGGGGCCCAUUAGGGCUGUUGCCAUCACCGUGCCUCUGGUUGUCAUCUCCGCAUUUGCCACCCUCUUCACCGUGAUGUGCCGCAAGAAGCAACAAGAAAAUAUAUAUUCACAUUUAGAUGAAGAGAGUUCUGAGUCCUCCUCGUACACCACGGCACUCCCCAGAGAGAGGCUCUGGCCUCGGCCGAAGGUUUUCCUCUGCUAUUCCAGUAAAGAUGGCCAGAAUCACAUGAACGUUGUCCGGUGUUUUGCCUACUUCCUCCAGGACUUCUGCGGCUGUGAGGUGGCUCUGGACUUGUGGGAAGACUUCAGUCUUUGCCGAGAAGGACAGAGAGAAUGGGUCAUCCAGAAGAUCCAUGAGUCCCAGUUCAUCAUCGUGGUGUGUUCCAAAGGCAUGAAGUACUUUGUGGACAAGAAGAACUACAAACACAAAGGCAGCGGCCGGGGCUCCGGGAAGGGCGAGCUCUUCCUGGUGGCUGUGUCCGCCAUCGCCGAAAAGCUCCGCCAGGCCAAACAGAGCUCCUCAGCCCAGCUCAGCAAGUUCAUCACCGUUUACUUCGACUAUUCCUGCGAGGGAGAUGUUCCCGGCAUCCUGGACCUGAGCACCAAGUACAAACUCAUGGACAACCUUCCCCAGCUCUGUUCCCACCUGCACUCCCGAGACCACGGUCUCCCGGAGCCCGGACAGUACCCCGGACAGGUGAGCAGAAGGAACUACUUUCGCAGCAAAUCAGGUCGGUCCCUUUACGUUGCCAUUUGCAACAUGCACCAAUUUAUCGAUGAGGAGCCCGACUGGUUUGAGAAGCAAUUCAUUCCCCUACGCCCUACCCCACUUCACUACCGGGAGCCAGUGCUGGAGAAGUUUGACUCGGGCUUAGUGUUAAAUGAUGUCAUGUGCAAACCAGGCCCUGACAGCGAUUUCUGCCUCAAGGCCGAGGCGGUCCCCGGGGUGCAGGCCGACUUGCCCUCGGAGGGCCAGCCCUUGGGCCUGGACCCAGACGUGGAGGCGGGGCCUGGGCCCGGCAGCGGCUCGGUCCUGCGCCCCCUGCUGCACGUGGUGAAAGCCGCCAGCCCCUCGGACAUGCCCCGGGACUCGGGCAUCUACGACUCAUCCGUGCCCUCCUCGGAGCUGUCUCUGCCCCUAAUGGAAGGACUCUCAGCAGAUCAAACAGAAACAUCUUCACUGACGGAGAGCGUGUCCUCCUCCUCCGGCCUGGGUGAGGAGGAUCCUCCCGCCUUCCCUUCCAAGCUCCUCACCUCUGGGGUGUGCCGAGCAGAGCCUGGUUGCUGCAGCUACACUGGUGAACUCCACGCAGUCGCCCCUUUGUAACAAAACAGAAGAGUCUACGCAUUGCCACUUUAGCUGCUGCCUCUCUCUGGUCCCCCAGCUCUUCUCUCUGGUUGAGCAGUCUGCUUGGAGCUGAGGUCUCCUACAAGGAUAUUUGGAGUGAAAUUCGGGCCAGUACUUGCUCUCCUUGCCCCAUCCCUCUACCUGAUAUCUUGGCAAAGUCUCCAAUUUUCUAAAACCAUAUGGACCUCUGGAAGGCAUGUCCACAAGGUCUGACGGCAGCUGGUCACAUUAGGUCAGACCUUGGAUUAGAGCCAGCUCUGGGAGGUCGGGAGGAAACAUGCACAGAGAAACAGGAAAAUACCUGCACUGCUCAUUCAGAUUUUAUUUAUCUCUUCCGACUUUGCCCAUUCGCUGUUGGCUACUUUGAUUGGAAAUGCUUUGUGGAAGAAGCACUUUUAGUACCAUUACAGCCACAGAAACCAAGUGCCAGUCUAUCUGGAAUCCAUGUUCUUACAGAUGAUGUUCUUGUCUGUUUUGGGUGUAGAAUUUACAAUGGCUUGGAUGUUAAAAAAGCUCUGAGUCAAAGGUCAAGGAAGUGACUGUAUAUCGUAUCACCUUUCAUAAUACGAGUCUUUAUGUGUUCGUGGGUGCCAUGGCACACUGAGGUGGGGGCUGCAGGGUCAGGCUGACCAUCUAGACAAUUCUUUCUGACAUAGGUUGGUCAAUGUCCAGAAAGCAGCAAAACUCAGGACACAGGACCGCCUCUUGGUUUGAGUAGGCUUCGUGUGGGGGUGGGAUCUGCCCACCAAGUUUCCCGGGGUUACAUCUACUGUGCAGUGUCUUAGAUGUUGCUGCCUGGAAGUUUAUUUUUAAAAGACUAAUACCCAACUGGGCUGGAUUACUGGAAGCCGGAGUCCGUGCUUCAUUUGGCUUCUGAUCUAAAGCUGUGUCCAGAAUAUCAGGGAUCAGAAUCCAUUGAAAUAUGGCGAUGUGCAGGUGGCAGCCACUUAAUCUGCUGAACUGGUUUUGACUAAUGAUAAAUCUCAUUUUAAGAAGGUGGAGGGGAGACUGUCACAAAGAUGAGUUUGCUCUUCUAAUAUCAUCUGAAGAAGACAUGAGACCUGAAGUCAUUCAAUUCUUGAAUCUCAAAGUACUCCCCCCACAACUCAGCCUGUGAAUCAUGUUUCGCUGUGUGUUUCUGUUGUAUUUACCCAGUGAAAGAUUGGUCUCUUGUGCUCCUACCAAAAAUAGGUAUUUAGAGUUUAGGAGGAAAGAAUUUGCUUUAAAAAAGGAAAAGUAAAUGUUCUGUUUUUAAUGAAUGAAGUUUCUACAGAAUUUCUCCUUCCGAAGGGAAAACAGUUGUUCAAAUCCUGCUUGUCUAUUAGCAUGUGUGUGAUGAUGUCUUUGUGGAAUCCCUUCUCCCUGUGUCCUUGAGGGGUUGUGAGCAUCUUUCUCCACCCUUUCCGUGGGUGCUGUUGGCUUCGGGCACCCUGCUUUUACUCAGCACUACACAGGGGACCCUGGGUUUUACUCCUUUAGCAGGUAGGACCAAUAUUAAGGGAGACACUGAGAAAUGUCUCAAGGAGGGGUUGGGAGGUAGAAUGAGGCAGGACUUUCCAUCCAAGCACAUGCUCAGCAGGUGGGAAGGGAAGGUUUGCAGCCUUGCUGCAAAGAAGAGGUUUGUGUGUAUUUUUGAUGCAAAUGCCACACUCCAUGCUCUGUAAAGGCAGCUGACGGCUUCUUGGGGGAAGAACGUGUUUGUCUGUUCUCUGGCAUCGAGUUUCCUGCAGCUGCUCUGCAGGGGAGACAAGUGAGCCUCACAACCACCUCCCCCACAGAACCAGGCAUCCGGUUGGAGAAGAGAUGUUCCAUGAUAUUGGAGAGUCUGGGACAAGUGCAGAGCUCCUGCCCACAUAUGCCUGGCCUGCCCUUCCACCGUCAGGAUACGUUCUGCAAGGGAGAUUGGUCAGUCCAAACUUGCUAACGUGAAAAUUCACUCUGGAACAGUAUCAAGAGAGAUUGAAGCCAAGAAAUGGUACGUGCUCCAAAGGAACCCCGAGGAGCUACUUUUAGGUUAGAUAUUCAGCUUUGCACAGAAAAUGAGGCAUCUCUGAGAAAGUGACCCCAGGAACAGCACGGAGGACUGGCAGGGAGUGGGGAACAUCAACUGAGCUCCAUGCAUGUGGGCAGAGAGCUUGCUAAAUGAACUUCCUUCUUGUGAAAAUGCAAGGGAAAAAAUGUGCUAGACCAAAAAUCAGGUAAACUUUUCGUUUGGAUUUAUGGUUUGGAUACUUAUUUUCAAAUACUAAUGUUUCUUAUGUUCAACACAAGCAGACUCUAACAUACCAAGUAGCAAAACCACAGUGUUGAGAUGUCCCAACUUCGUGGUUUUGCCUUACUAGUUUCACUUUUUUUUUUUUUAAACCUCCCCAUCUUGUGCUGGGAAUGAGAACAGUUGCCUUGUAGAUUAAGGCAAAACAUCUGUUUUAAGCAGACCUGCAGUUUUUGACUGAUACAUUGUUCCAGGCAAUGGAAAUGAUAACACGGAAUUCAGAUAAAGGUUCUACUGAAUCACAGGCUUCUUGAAAUUGGGGAAACAAGAAUUAGAAUAUAAGGAUGAUCUCAAUAAAAAGCCUUGGUCCUGAGAAUAAGAGGCUUGUGUGGCUAAGUUAGCUGGUGUUCUCUGGACAGGACACCUGGAGUAGGUCCAAGGACCCAGGUAAGCAAAUCUUGAAGGUAGUUGAAGGUAGGGAGCUAGGUGUUCAUCUUAACUCCCUAGUGCCCUACAGAAAGGACUUAGCAUCUGACAUAGUCAGCUUUGUCCAGGGAUGGAUUGGGGAAGUGGAAGCCCAGGUAAAGGUGUUUUUCUCCCAGAGGUUGGCCACAAGCAACAAGAACCACCUGGACAGACCCAGUCCAGCCACACAGUGGACAGAGCGUCCUGCAGGGGAUCCUCCAGAGGGCCAAAUCCUGGGCCUUUGAGGCACAUUGAUCUCCAGAGAGAAUCAGAAGACAUUCAGGUCCAGGUCCAGGCCCAGGCCCUCAGGUUGGGUAAUAGCAUUUUGAACCAAAAAUGAGAUGGGGCCUUAAAGUCAUGAGACCAUUUUUGGUUAACACGUUAGUAAUAACUGAAGACAGUCCCAGAGCAGAAGUUCAAAAAUGUCUUUAGCAACUAUGACAUCAUCAGCAUCAAUGGGUCAUAAUUUGAGGUCGUGCGUGUUUGUGUAUUAAAGUUCAGUCUUGCGACUUCAUAGCUGCAAAUGUGGGGUGUUUUUUUUUUCUAGCCAAGCCCUAGUCUCAGGUUCCCUGACUUAAGCACAAAUAAACAGGAAGACUGUUCCUCCAAAAAUGUGGAGUUACAUGAUUUUCAGAACUUUUCCUUUUUUCAGAGUUGAGCAUCUUUUAAAAGAAACAAAUGAAGAAAAAGCUAUUUUACUCCUAGAGAAGAAACGACACACCUUCCUCUUAAGAAAGAAAACCCCAUGGUCCCCAAUAGCCUCAAUGCUAAUUUGGUUCUUAGGGGAGAGGAAUCCUUCCUUGUGUCUUUAUUGGAGAGAUGUGGACAAUAACAGCGUGAAGGUUGUUAGCCUUUCUUGUUUCAUAUCGUUGGUGAAGACUGCCGCUUUUAUUUAGCGGAUGCUGUGCCUUCAGGAGGUGCCAGUGCAGCGGGCCAGGACGACAGAUCAAUGAAGUGUGGUGAUAAAUGGCAAUGACCUACCUUCUCAGUGUCAGAGAGACCAUAGGGCAUGGUGGGGAGUGUGGCAAACUGAAGUGCUCCGUGUCCCACCCAUAGGAGGGCAGCUACUCCAGCCAUUUGUGGCCAUGUGGUGUCUCCUGAUCUUCCCAUUUUUCAAGAGAAGCUGAGAAUCUGGAAUUUGAUAGGAAAGUUUCUAAUUUUCUAAAGUAUUGGCAGCUAAAUUAAAAGAUUUUUUUUUUCAAUUCAGAUUCAACAGAACACAUGAGUGGGCCUGAUUUGGCCCACUAGAUGCCAGUUUGCUACCUCUGCCUUGUAAGAUUUGAAAUGAAAAGCGUUCAUGGUAAUUACAGAUGUCUGGUACCACCAGAAAAUGCUCUUGCUAAAUGCAGCUGGUGUCUGGAUUGCUUCUUCCCCACCUUGCCUCCCCCAAGGUAGUUUGAUACGAUUAUGAAUGUAUUUGAAAUGUUUGAGGGCUUCUUUAUGUUUCGUGGUGCCUUAAGAGAAAGGCAGGCCAGUUACUAAUUUCAAAAUCAGAUUUAUGUUCCCCAAUUUAAAAAGCAUAACACUUGGGACAAUUUUCAUUUAAACUCCACAACCUAAAGGGCCUUAUUUAUAGUUUUAGUUCUUGGCUUCAUAAUUUUUUAAAUGAUGUGCAAUUCUGAGCUUAGGCCAAGACUUAAUGAGAAAAGCAGGCGUUGUGGGGAGCAGGGCAGGGAAUCCCCGAGUGUCCACUAGAGCCAGGUAUUUGCAUUGUCUUCUGUUUUAAAUGAUCUGUGAAGUGACUGUGUUUUGGAGAUGUGAAACAGUAUCCAGACAAAAGCUUUUCCUGAUACCGAGAGAUCAGUUAGGAGUCCUCCUGGGGUGUUGGGUCAUCCUUUCUGUGUCCCCUCCUUUCCAGGCUCAGGGUGAAAAUAAACAAAAGGAAGUCUGACCGUAAGCCAAUAGCUUGGAUUCCAAUUUCAGAGUUUUGGAGCUGGGAGAAAGUUUGGAUUAUCUAGGAUGUCUCCCCUGCCGGUGUCAGCCAGGGCUGAGCCUGAAUUAUUUCAGACAUAUGGCUAUGGAUGGGAUUCUGGAUUUUCAGUGAGGGAAAUUCUGUAACCUGCCCUGCUGAUCAGAUAGUUCUUUGUACAUCUUACAGAAAUUCAAACCAGCCUUCUUUUGUUCUGCAUGUAGUGGAAAAAGAACAGCUGGUUACCUUCCGUGUAUUUGAAAACCACAGUGAAGUCAUCCCCCUGGUGUUUUUAUUUCAGUGAUAAAUAAUCCCACCUACUUAAACCAUUCUUCAUAGCUCUUGUUUUCCAAGGGCUUAAUAAUUUUCACUGCUCUUCUGUUUCCCAGCUUCACACUCUGGUUGGUUGCCGAAACAGAAUGUGGUGCCUUCUUCGCAUUGGUGCCUUGUGACAGCCAAGCUCAGGAUGGGGAUUACAGGGAAAUUCUCGUGUGCCCAGCUUCUCUUACUACUUACAAAUACAGUGGCACUUUUUAAAAAUGGUAUAUCGCCUGCAUUCAUUUUGAGGAUUAUUUGGUCGCCCCAUCCAUUCCUCCCCAACAAUCGUCUUCUAUUGUGUUUUCUUUUCCCCUCUUCUGGUCAGACACUUGGUGCUUAUUCCUGAUGUGUUUGAUGUCAUUCCUGAGCUCCAAAAUUCUCUUCAAGACCAACUCUUACCUUCUGAGUGGUAGCUACCUCUCCCUCCCAAUUUUGGAUUCUAUUUUACAUACCUCUAGACCUUGCCUUUAAUUCAUGACUCAAUAUUAUUAGAUGGUUCAGACUUCAGCUUAAUCACCGGCAAGAUAGCAGCUGCUAAGGGCUAAUUUGUAAGGAAGGUGAGGGACAACCUCUUGGGAAUUUUGGCCAAUUGUCCCCCCUCCUGCUCUUUGUUUCCUGCCCGAAGUUCAGCUGGGACCACAGACUCUUCCAGGAGCUUUCCUGUGUUCUGAAGGGCUGGGGCCAUGGCUCUGAAAUGACCUAGCACUGUGUUUUGCACAAUCAGAAGCCUGAGAAAAGCAAACCAUUAUGACUGCAUCUCUGACAUUUGUAUCAAAUAAAAUGUCAGUGGAGAAUAUUCAAAGAAGCAUUCUUCUAUUUGUACAUGCUGUAGACAAAGUUGGCUGCUCCAUCUGUUAGACAAAUUCCUUUGGGUUAUUACACUUAAUGUGUAAUUGUUAUGUAAAACUUGUGUUUUUUCUCUCAAGAAAAACCAUGGUGAGUCUGGACAAAGCAAAAACUUUUGUAAAAACCACAUGUGUUCAUUUAGAGAGUAGGUAACUUCUAUUUUUACUAUUUUUUUUUCACUUCAGAAGCUCCCUGUGACUACGAUCAAGGGGGGGAAAGCCUGUGGAACAUUGGAACAUGGUGGUUGUUGCCAUUGUCUUUGUUUCAUCUUUAAGUUUGUCCUUUGUGGGGUUUGGUGGAAUAGCAGGACUGUAGCAGUGUGCUAUAUUUUUACAUUGAAAACAAUGUCUUAUCUGAUUUGUACAUAACUGUAAAUAGGUGACAGUAGGUCACAGCUGACAUUUGCAAAAUGUUUUUGUACCUUAGGAUUUCUGCAUCAAAUAAAAUGUUUUAAGAUUGCA